AUGUCAAGAAGGUAUUUGAAAAAAAUUAGCAGCAGUGUUGAAAUUGCAAUAGAUGAAAAUGAACACUCUAAUAUUCAAGUUUCACCAUCAGCAUCGAUAAGUAAUUCAAAAAAAUUUAAUAUUUUCAAUUUAUUGGAUGAAAAUUCACCUAAUGAUGAAACACCAGAAAAUUAUGAGAGUGAUGAAUCAAACCACAAAGACAAUUGUGAUGAAAAUGUUGACAAUAGUAACAAUAAAUCGAAGAAGAAACGUAAGAAAAAGAAAAACAGGGCCAAUGCGAAAUUAAUAGCGAAGAGUAAUUUGAGUAACAAAACAAAAGAUGAGUCUGAUGAAAUUGAGAAAACUCUGCAGGAAGUAAAUAAUCUUCUUGGUGAACCAGAUGAACCUUCUUGCAGCAAUUCAAACCGAAACUCUGCUCCUGAAGGAGUUGAUAAAACCAGGAGCGUACUGCAAGUCGAGUUUAAGUUUCUCAGUGCAGUAAAUGAGCUUAAGAGAAAAUGCGGCGGUGGAAAUAGAAAUGUCCUUGCAGCGGUUGUAGGUGAAAAAAGUAAAAAUAAGAACAAAAAAAGAUAUUUAAGGAAGACAUGGUUGACUUCAUUGACCGAUCGAUUCCCUACGGAGCAAUGUGGAUUAUCUAUGGUCAUUGAUCCGACAAUUAAGUCUGAUGGUGACAUUCAGCAUUUUGUUUUUGUUCAUAGCUCUAGUUAUAGGCAAGUCCAAAAUAAGUUCUUUAUUGCUGUUGAAAGUCAAAAUCCUGAUAAUAUUGUGAGCAUUUUGAAUGCACAUCCGUAUCAUAUAGAUACUCUUUUGCAAUUUGCAGAACUUUGCAAGUUAAAUGAAGAUCUACAAACGUCAGCAGAGUUUGUAGAGCGUGCAGUCCAUUGUUUUGAAUGUGCAUUCCAUCCAUAUUUCAAUGUGACAACUGGUAACUGUAGAUUGUCGUAUAAAAACCAAACGAACAGACCAUUUUUUAUUGCACUGUUUAAACACCUGAUGUUUAUUAGCGGCCGUGCUUGCUACAGAACAAGUUUAGAACUUUGUAAAGUAUUACUAUCUCUUAAUCCAGAAGGCGAUCCUUUGGCAAUUGUUUUAACAAUUGACUUAUUUGCACUGCGCGCUAAAGAAUACCAAUGGUUUAUUGAUUUUUGUGAGGCUUGGAAAUCAUCGAGAAAUUUAACUCAGUUACCAAAUAUUGCAUACAGUCUUGCGUUAGCUCAUUUUUAUCUAGGACAUGAAGAAACAGCUAAUGAAUUACUUCAAGAUGCUCUUUUUAUGUUUCCUGGAGUGUUAAAUGAUUUACUCGAGAAAUGCAGUGUACAAACUGACACUAGACUUCUGGGGCAUGAUCAUUUCAAUUGUGUGGCUAAAACAACUACAAGUUUUGCCUUGGAAAAGCUUCAAACUUUAUAUGUAGUUCGUUCUUGCCAUCUUUGGAAAGAUUCUAAUAUUUUGGGUUGGCUUGAAAAUGCUGCCCAUGCUGUUAUGGAUAAAAUUGAUUCUGGUGAUGAGUAUGCAGCUUACUGUAAAGAAAAAAGAAGUCAAAGAUAUCAGGGUCAGCUUCCUAAAAAUAUUCGCCGUCAUAUCGUUCUAUCUGAUCUGAAACAAGUCACAAUUACACAUCCUGGGAUGCAUCAAGAUGAUCCUAUUUUUUCUUAUGAUCCCUUGCCGCCAGUAGAUUCAAAUAAUAUUUAUGUGAGACAAGAGGCCUCAACUCAGAGACCUUCUAAUGUAGGAUCCUCAAACAUUUUAUCACUUUUUCUCUCUUCACUUUUUCCAAACAAUGAUCCAAACUUACGUGCUCAGUUUAACCAGCUUAACAUACGAAAUGAAGAAAGAGAAGCUCCAGGUGAAUUUGAUUAA